UUCCUUUACUGUAGGACUGACUCACGUCAGUGAGAGACUCUGUAUAUCCCGCGGACGGUUUGUGUUGUGUGGAUGAGAGAGUUCGUCGUGGUGUUGAGAUUUCACGAUGCUAGCGCCACGAGGUAUAGACGUAGCAGAUCAUCAUCAUCAUCAUCACCAUCAUCAUCAUCAUCUGAACUUCGAAGCACACGAUUACCAUGUACCACCAAUUUCUCGUACUAUUCAGUACAAGAAGGUGACAAAGCCGUUACUGGAGCGAAAGAGGAGGGCGAGGAUAAACAAAUGUCUGGACGAGCUGAAGGACCUCAUGGUCGGCGCCUUAGAGGCGGAGGGCGAGAACGUGAGUAAGCUGGAGAAGGCCGAUAUCCUGGAGCUCACUGUGCAGCAUCUGCAUCGGCUCCGGCGACCGCGGGACGCCGCGGAGGACGCCCAUCGCUUCCAGGCUGGAUUCAGUCAGUGCGCUAGUGAGGCCUGCCAGUUCUUACUGUCUCUGCCUGGGCUUGACGCUCGAGUUGGACGCCGGCUUGUGGCUCACCUCGGUCAGUGUGUCUCGGCGGGCCCUCUCGGUGUUACGACUGACCCGCAGUCACCCAAACUCCGUUUCUCAACUCAUUCUCCGUCCACUGCACCGAACCAGACGCGGAGUCCUCCAGGGCCACUCAGCGUCCAAGUGCCAACUUCUUCCCGCUUGUGUUUCUCUCCGCCUGUGUCACCAUCAUCAGCAUCGCCAGAACUAAGUCCUAUGGCAUCGUUUCGAUCACCGCAGCCCAUCCUUUCCUCGACUCCCAGCGUUCAAGACCUGGCGAGGCCCAUUACGGGGCUCCUGAUGACUGUUCCAGGUAAGGGUGUAGAUUCGGCGAGGAAGUCAACAGAAGAUCUUCGGCAAAUCCAACAACAACAACAACAACAACAACAGCACCACCAGCAGCCUAUGUGGAGACCGUGGUAAUCGCAAAUAGAGUCGAGAUAGCCGGUCUGCUGAUAUUUGCACCAGUUAUGUUGAGAGUUCGCGGGAAUAUUCGAAUUAUAGACAGAAACAGUAGCAGCAAUUCAAAUGGAGCCCGUACUGAUUGUCAGUAGAGUAAAAUGUAUUUAGGGAAGUUCGUAUGAAUCCUGAAAAAUAACUUUUUUUUGUUCCACAGUUUAAUCUGGUAGAAAUUUACCGACGUAGAAGACCUUGCUGCCUCCACCAUCAAGGCGAUGCGUGAUUAUGGAGGCAGCAGAGACGUCUGAAACGUCGGUGAACUUCUACCGGACUACGUGGCCUUAUAACCCAUAAGAGAGCCGUCUUCUUAGUCGCCACUGAGAAUCUCAAAUCCUACAUCUGAAUCCUGGGGACUCUGCCAUUAAAUGUUUUCUUACAAGCAAAAAUUCGGAAAACUUACUGCCGAGUUAAACACGUUAUCAAUUUUAAGCUCUUCAUGAAAUGGCUUAAGGUUACGUCUUGAGUUGGGAAACAUCAUUUUAUAUCGGUAUAUAUUUUUUCUAAUAAAUGUAAAAUAGGCAGGACGAAUGUGCUCUAUAAUUAUUAUGUACAGUUGUUUGUGUGUGUGUGUGGGGGGGGGGCGAGUAUGCAGCGAGCCAAACGAGUUCCCCAUCUCAGAACAUCUCAGCGAGACUUAAUAAAACCUAGCAAACUGCAUCGUUAAUCGUUUACGAAUGUUCGUAGCAGCCAAUUUAAUGGAAAUUUUCUCGAAAGCCAUGGUAAUGUCUGUGACACUCUGUCCGCUGUAAGGAUGUCGGGUUACCCACUCCCCAUAUAGCCUAUAUAAAAUAUAAACAGUGGUUAAAAAUACUUGAAGCGACUUACUGAACUCUCCGUGUUCUCGUGGACAACAUGGAAACUAUUUUUCUGCACAAUUCACGUGGAGACCAAAACACUUAUCUACCGUGGGAUUUAUCUCUCAAGGUUCCUGUUUCAACCAUCCCUUCACUGUUCCGAAUUUAUCAGUUAUGGUCUCCCACAUUCACGCGUUUCUAGCGAAGAUAAACGCUGGAUGCUAUGCGGAACGUAGCGAAACGUCGACUGAAACACGACGACAUUACGACAGACAUCUUAAUCCCACGGUAUGAUAUGUGCUCAGUCAGGAAAACACUCUAGAAUAUGACAAUGGCUGUGUAUAAAGCGUGUUGUAAGAUUCGGUGAAUUACUUGCUUUGUAAACUUCCUCUUAACUACCCCUUGUAGAUUUACGUCAUAUAUUUGAUAUUGAUCCUGUUGUAUUAAGAGAUGGUUAUAUUAAUUUGUAGUUUAUUAGUGGUAGAUAUUGCUUUAAUACGCGGCUCAGUGAUCUCAUUGUGUACAAAGUUUUAAGAAGUCUCCCUUUUAAACUAUCCCAUUGAAUUGGUUAUAGUAAUGAGCAUUUUUAGAGUUAGAGUUAGUAUUUGAUGUCAGAAACAAAUACGAAAGUGAGUUUUCGUAAUUGGUGCUCCCGGUAUUUUUCAUAUUGUCACCUAUUUUCUGUCUUUUGACGUUUCCAAAUCAACUGCUAAAGCAAAAGGAACUCUCAGGCACUCCGAAAUACUUAAGAGAUUGAGUUACUUUGCAUCACCGUUUAAAAAACACGUAAAGUUAAAAAGUCAGAGAGAGAGAGAGAGAGCUAUGGCAAGGAAAAGUAGUUAAGUAAGGUUCUAACAUUCUCCAGAUUUAAUAUUUACUAACAUUAAUUAUUAAUGAAGGUCAAAAUGGGUACUCAUACUGCAUGAUAGUUCCUCUCGUACGGCCCAGACGUGUCUGCAUCAACACAAACUUAAGUAACCGUCUCGUACUUUAUAUAAAAACAUUCUACUUUAACAAUUUAAAGUUUUCAAAUUAUAAAAUUUUGUUAAUUUAAUAAUUAUCAUAAUUUCAAAUUAUCAUAAAAAUGCUGUAUAUAAAAUUACUCAACUUUUGAUCUUCAGUUCAUAUAGUCUCAAGUGUCUGAUAAACUUCGUAGAACAAAUACAAAAUGUCAAAAUGCUCUUAACAGUGCGUGAAGUGUUAUUAUGCAAUAAUCAGAAAUCUACUACCGAUGUCUUUCAAAUGUGUAGUACAUAUAAAAUAGAUGGGUAGUUUGCUAAACCAAAUAUUGUACAAAUGGUUUAUGUUUUGGAUCGAUGAAUUUUAGUUCAUAUUGUGUUUGAUGAACGAUAAUUUUCUCUGUAAUUGUUAAUGUGUUACUAUCUUAUGCUGAUUUUUCAAACACAAGUUAUUUCAAUUAUAGGUGCAGUCAUGUUAGAAACCUUUAAACAUGUCGAUUGAUAUGAAGGUAAUGAAUGGUUUAUCUCUUAACAUUCAAUAUGAUGAUAUCAUUGUCGUAUGACGUAUUUGCGGAAUGUAAAGCCGGCUGCGACCACGUAGGCCUACUUGCGAUAUACCAACACUUCGCCUGGCGUAUUUUGCCUACAAACACUGCGCCCUCUUUGUCUUGAUUUAUUUCGUAUUCAAGAAGUGUCCCACCAUCUCUCAAGAUUUAAAUAUCAUAGCUUCUCAACUACAGAAAAUCCUCUUUACCAUGGAAAUAUUUAACUCGUGUUUUCGUAUAAUAAAAUAAUACCUUGAAACGAGACACUUUGCCAUGGAAUAUCUAAUUGUAAAAUCGGUCGGAAUUAAUUUAAUACAAACAUUAGGCAGAUGUAAAAGGAAUAUGAACACUACUUCUCAUGUGGGGCUAAUGACAAAAUGAAGUACAAGUGGUUGGCUCUCCGGUUCCGUACAAUACGUAUAACUUAUGAACCUGAUGAGCAACUAUUAGCUUCUCAAGAAGGGAAGGUUAACAUGACUGCACAGAAAAUACAGUAAUGGUUUAUCCUAUCUACUUUGUUGCUUUAUAAGUUGGGGUGAAGUGUCCAGACACCUAGAAAAAAAGCGCUCUGUGAUUCUCAAAUAUCCAUAUUACGGUUCCUUUUUGCAAACUAUAAAAGUUUUUGUAAGAUACCAUAAUUUGUACAUGCCUAAUACGUUAAUGAAAUAAAAUAUAUUCAUAUUUAGA